AUCUCUUGGAGUGCUCGGCCCUUCUUCUCUCCAUCUGCGUUUGAUUUAGCGUAGGGAUCACCACUCCCAUUCAUCAGAAAUAUUGCAGAAUAUAUAUGUGCUUCUACCCCAUUACAUAUCUACACACACACUCCACAGACAGAGAGAGAGAGAGAGAGAGGCUUCCGUCGCCAUAGCUCAUCUUCUAGCUGGUGUGUGUAUAUAUAGAUAGAUAUCGAUAUAUACGAACGCCACCAUGUCCAUAAUGGCGAAAUCAUCAGCAGUCUCGUACAAGGUUCGGAGUUUGGUUACGGUUCUUUGUUGGUAUCGGAUUCGCAGCAGCAGGGCUAGUGGGAGUAAUACUCAAUCUCAUCAAGGACGGUACUUGAGCUAUGGCGCCCAUUCCCCGCCGGAAGGUUUGAGGGUGAUCUCGAGCGCCGCUACCAGAAUGAACUCUGACCCUUCAUCAGCUGCUGAUGAAACUAGUAGUAGUACCGUGAAGAUUGAAGAAGAGGACGAGGUUCAGCCAUCAGUCCCACAACCACCUCCUAAAACCAGCUUUUCAACGUGGAUAAAAUGGCUUCUGGCUUCUAUGUUGUCCUUGGCAUUGCCAUUCUUGAAGAAAAACUGGGCCAAUUUCUUGUUGAUAGAAGGGGAGGUGGAAGGGGUGGUUGAAGAGGCUGAAAUGGUGGCAGAGGUGGUGGAAAAGGUUGCGACUACGACGGAAAAGAUAUCGGCAGAGGUGGUGUGUACGUUUCCAGAUAAUGCCAAACUGAAGGAAGCUGCUUUACUGAUAGAACACGCAUCUAGCGUCACUGCCAAGGAUGCCGAACACACAAAAGAUUUCAUUCACAAGGUUGAGGAGUUGAAGCAUGACCUGACGGACAUGGGCACGAUUGUUGAGCCUGUUAUUGAUAACAUCAUAGCUAAGCAGCACCAUGGGAAAUAGCAGGAAACAACCAUAUUAUCUGCACAAACCUUUUGUAACAUUCUUCCGAUAUUGAAAAUUGGACCCUGAUUACAAAUAAGCUCCUGGGUGCUUGAUGAAAUGUGUAAUAAUUUGCUGGAUUUUGUUUAAUUAACUUAACAAUGCAGUAAUGCAAUGAAGCAAAACUGGCAGAAAACAGGAAUAAAGGUCACC